UUCAAGUAGCUGAGCCUUUAAUAACAUAGGUGCUGAAACGAUCGCCAGCCGAAAAUACAACAGCUUUCUUACUGGAGCAGAUUUUUCAUACCCCGCAGCGUCAGCCUUCAGCCUGAUUAACAUCUUCCGCGCGGGUUCCAGGCUCAAGCAGAUUGCAACAGAACUCUAAUAGAACUUUACUACUCUGCACUUAAAGUGUUUCUACCUCAGUAGAGCCUUCAUAUUAUAAUGCGACUCCUAAACACAUCAUCGCUCAGCAGCUUUGAGCUGGUUUCCUUCCCUGAUGACAGCACUCCUUCAUAUGCCAUUCUCUCGCAUACCUGGAUUGAGGGCCAAGAAGUCACAUACAGCGAUCUAAUGACCGGUACUGGCAGAGACAAAUCUGGCGUCGCGAAGAUCCGCUUCUGUGUAAACAGAGCGGCACAUGAUGGUAUUCCUUACUGCUGGGUAGAUACCUGCUGUAUUAAUAGGUCCGACAGCGCAGAGCUUCAGACAGAGAUUAACUUAAUGUUUCGAUAUUACCAACGCGCGAAGAAGUGCUACGUAUAUCUAUCAGAUGUCCAAGUACCGGAGGAGGUUACUGACGCCCAGGAUUUCCGUAUAACAUGGGAGACCAGCUUUCGACAAAGCCGAUGGUUCACACGAGGCUGGACGCUGCAGGAGCUAUUAGCGCCUUCUGUCGUGGAGUUCUUCUCUGAAGAUGGUAAACUACUAGGGACUAAGAUAUCAUUAGAGCAAGAUAUUCAUAAAAUCACUAAGCUUCCCAUCGAAGUCCUUAGAGGACAACGAAAGUUCUCUACUUUCAGUAUAGAAGAACGACUGCAGUGGGCUGCUCGACGCAUAACUACACUGAAGGAGGAUAAAGUAUAUUGUCUUUUGGGGAUAUUUGGAGUGUUCCUGCCCCUUUUAUAUGGAGAAGGCGAAGCGCACGCGACUGACCGGCUGAGACACGAGAUAGCGAGACGGCAGGAAAGACGAGGCCUAGAGCAUCUGCAGGACUUAACAGUUGCCUUGCCACUACCCUUUCCACGAAAUGAACAAUUCGUCGGACGAGAAGAAGAACUCAGGAUUCUUGAACAUUUCCUCCUCCCGAAUAGCCACCAACGUUUGACUGUAUAUGGACUGGGCGGGUGUGGGAAAUCCGCACUUGUACUUGAGUUUGCAUACCGCACACUCGCCCGACAUCCUGGAUACCUUAUCUUCUGGGUGCCUGCUAUUAGCAAAGAAACCUUUGAGCUUGCAUAUCUCAAAAUCGGAACACUGCUUAAUGUGCCGGGCUUGGGUGACGAUAAUGCAGAUAUCAAGCGGCUGGUUAAAGAGACGUUAAGCUUAAAUAAGCGAAAUUGGCUGAUGAUUGUGGAUAAUGCGGAUGAUACUGAGAUACUGAUGAGCGGUAAAACUCGACUACUGGAUUACAUUCCGUAUGAUAGUGGCAAGAUCAUCUUCACAUCGCGAAGCAGGAAAGCGGCUACUGUUUUAGCCCCGGCAAAAACCCUGGAGUUGCAGGAUAUGGGCGGGCUGGAAGCACGGCAGCUGUUUGAGCGGCGCAUCUCGAAACGGGCAUUGCUCACCGAUGGAAGAGCUGUGGAUGAGCUGCUUGAGAAACUUGCUUAUCAUGCACUUGCUAUUGUGCAGGCUGCGGCUUUCAUAAAUAGUAAUGAGACCUCGGUCACAGCAUACAUCUCAUUGAUGCGAGAUACGGAGAUAGGCGCUUUUGGCGAGAGUUUUGAAGACCCAGGUAGAUACCGCGAAAUGGACAGCACGAUUGCUAAAACAUGGUAUAUCUCAUUUAAUCAGAUUCAAAAGGAAGACCCACUUGCUGCGGAGUACCUCUCUUUUAUAUCAUGUAUAGAUCGAAGUAAUAUCCCAAAGUCACUAUUACCUGUAAUAGGGUCUCCACUGCAGCAAUUGAAAGCGAUCGGGACGCUGAAAGGAUAUGUAUUUAUUACAGAGCGGCAACAGGCUCUACCUGGGCUAGGCGGUGAGGUGUGUUUUGAUAUGCACCGGUUGGUCCAUAUGAUGUCAGCGAAAUGGCUGGAGGACCAUGAUGAAAAGAAGGGUUGGGUAGUUAAAGCCGUGGAGAGGCUUAAGGAGGUUUUGCCGUACGGGGGGCACAAGGAGAAGGAGACCUGGUCGAUGUACCUUCCGCACGCAAUCCACUUGGCCACUUUAGAGACAACAGUGGAUGAUGCGGCAAGAGCGUCGCUUUUUGAGCGGAUCGGAUGUUGCCAAUCGACGCUGGGGCAGUACUGGGAGGCAGGAGCGAUGCAUCGGCAAGCGCUGGUGUUAAGAGAAAGAAGUAUGGGCAAUGAGGAUGUUUUGACGCUGAAGAGCAAGAACAACUUCGCGGUAGCACUAGGCAAUCAAGGCAAGUACGCAGAGGCGGAAUCAAUGCACAGACAGACACUGGCAACCAGUGAGAAGGUGCUUGGUGUUGACCAUCCAGACACGCUGACGACCAUGAACAACUUGGCGGGAGUGCUGGACAGCCAAGGCAAGUACGCGGAGGCGGAAUCGAUGUACAGACAGACACUGGCGACGCAUGAGAAGGUGCUUGGUGUUGACCAUCCAGACACGCUGACGACCAUGGGCAGCUUGGCGGGAGUACUGGGGCGCCAAGGCAAAUACGCGGAGGCGGAAUCGAUGCACAGGCAGACGCUGGCAACCAGUGAGAAG